GGCUGCCGGUGCAGCAGUAGGAGGAGAACAAGCGAGUAUUGCGCGCAGCCGGGCACGUAUGUUUUGCGUUGCCGGAGUACGCAAGUUCUUUCGCCGAUGAGGUGACGAGCAGAAAUCGGGAGCCGUUGCGCGCUGUUUUUCUGCAGCCGUCGGGUCGAAAUCACGAAUGCGGCGUGCGUUCCUGCCUGCCCCACUCCACCGCAACGGUCCUGUCUUUAAACACCCAGGCCCAAACGCCACGACCACUUCCAGUCUUCCACAAUAUAAGCGGCAGCCCUGCCUGCCCCGUCCCAAACGGCUACUUGACUGACUCGGCUCGCAGUCGUCGUCACUGGCUUGCUCCGACCGCGCGCACCACCCAUCCCCGAACCGCCGCGCCGCGCCGCGCCAUGCCGCCGAAGCGCGUGUGCCGCCUCGCGCUGCUCGUGGCCGCGGCGGCCUACCUCCUCUUCCUCCUCCUAUUCGAGCUCCCCUCCAUCGCCAUCGCCUCCGCCUCCUCCUCCCGUAACGCCCAUGCCGCCACACACCGGGCCCGCCGCCGCGAGCUCGAGGCCUCCGCGCUGCCCUCAUCCUCCCCGCUCCGCCCCCACAAGAGCGCCUUCCCCCGUCGCUCCCCUCUCGCCGUCUCGUCGGUCCGCUUCCACCUCCCCAACUCCUCCAGCUCCUCCUCCUCCAUCGACGCCUCUGCCUCAUCCGCCUUCGCCGCCGCGAGGCCCCACCUCGCGCACCUCCUCUCCCAUUCCGCUCCCACUUCCCCGUCCUCCUCUCCCUCGCCCUCGGCGUCGUCCUGCCCCGCAACGGUCUCGGUGCCGAGAGACCGGCUCACGAGCAGCGGGGGAGCAGUGACUGUGGAGCUGCCGUGCGGGAUGGCCGUGGGUUCGCGGGUCACGGUGGUGGCGCGGCCACGGGCGAGGAUCGCGGAGAGGAGGGAGGGGGACGCGCCAGCGAUGGUGUCGCAGUUCAUGCUCGAGCUCCUGGGCACCAUGGCCGUGCAGGGGGAGGAGCCGCCCAGGAUACUGCACUUCAACCCCAGGAUCCGCGGGGACUUCAGCGGCCGCCCCGUCAUCGAGCUCAACACCUGCUACCGGAUGCAGUGGGCGCAGCCGCAGCGGUGCGAAGGGUGGGCGUCACGGCCGGACGAGGAUACUGUUGACGGGGAAUUGAAGUGUGAGAAAUUUAUUCGUGAUGAUUACCGCAACUCAGAGGAAUCAAGGAUGAAAUGGUGGUUGAACCAUUUGAUCGGUUGGCCGGGUAAGGGGUCUAUCGAUCAGGAAUACCCAUUUGCAGAGGGCAAGCAGUUUGUUUUGACUAUAACAGCUGGUUUGGAAGGCUACCAUGCCAAUGUUGAUGGCCGGCAUGUCACAUCGUUCCCUUACCGCACUGGUUACAGUCUUGAGGACGCAACGGGGUUGUCUUUGAAAGGAGACGUGGAUGUUGAGUCCGUCUUUGCUGAUUAUUUGCCCAAUUCACCUCCUAGUUUCUCUCCGCAGAGAUAUCUGGAGAUGUCAGAACAGUGGAAGGCCUCACCAUUGCCAACUGAACUUGUUCAGCUUUUUGUUGGCAUCCUUUCAGCUGCUAACCAUUUUGCUGAGCGUAUGGCUGUUCGGAAGUCAUGGAUGAUUUCUACCAGGAGAUCAUCUAAUGUUGUUGCUCGCUUUUUUGUUGCGCUGAAUGGGGAAAAGGAGGUCAAUGAAGAGCUGAAGAAGGAGGCAGAGUACUUUGGGGACAUUGUUAUAGUGCCAUUCAUGGAUAGCUAUGACCUUGUUGUUCUAAAAACCAUUGCCAUUGCUGAGUAUGGGGUGAGGAUUGUUCCUGCAAAGUACAUAAUGAAAUGUGAUGAUGAUACAUUUGUUAGAAUCGAUUCUGUUUUAGAUCAAGUGAAGAAGAUCCAAAGUGGGAAGAGCAUGUACGUGGGAAAUAUAAACUACUACCACAGACCCUUACGAUCUGGGAAAUGGGCUGUAGCAUAUGAGGAAUGGCCAGAGGAAGUGUAUCCACCUUAUGCUAAUGGACCUGGCUAUGUGAUUUCAUCAGAUAUUGCUCAAUACAUUUUAUCCGAGUUUGAUAAUAAGACUUUAAGAUUAUUCAAGAUGGAAGAUGUUAGUAUGGGCAUGUGGGUUGAGAAGUUCAAUAGCACCCGUCAGCCUGUGGAGUAUCUGCAUGAUGUCAGGUUCUACCAGCCUGGUUGCUUUGAUGGUUACUUCACUGCACACUACCAAUCCCCACAACACAUGAUUUGUUUGUGGAGAAAGUUACAAUCUGGGAGUGCUCAAUGCUGCAACGUAAGAUGACAGUGACUAGAACACGGCAUAUAUUGUGUUUAGUGUAUGGAGGGCAGAUUGAUCAUUGUGCACUCUAGUAUGAACAGCUGCUGUUUGGGAUCAUCGAGAAACAUCAAGCAAGGAUGAGCUUAGAGGCACCCGUACCAUUCGUUCAUUCUCUUGAUCAGUUGCUGAUUCAGCUGCUGAUGCUGACACCAGGGAUCCAUGUUCUUGGAAUUGUUUUCUGUAAAUGUCAAAUUUAUUUGACCCA